GCUGUCGCAUCAAAGCAGAAUGGUUGCAACAAUUAUUUUUGCACGAAGAUCACGCAGAGAGGAUUAGAUCCGUCGUUUUGUUUUCGUGCUAUCGAGAGCUGCAUGAAUAUCUGGAGCAGCUAUGCCAGUAACCAGCAGAAUGUGCAAGUAUUUGUUGUAUUUCCACCCUGAUAGGUUGCACUGUUAGCAUUGUGAUAGCAAUGUGGGUAAUGCUAGGACAGAAAUAGCUCAAGGAAACAGCUGCUUGCUCCGGUGUUUGGAGCUGCUUUGUGCACACUAGUUGUCCAGUUUGCAGUUUCUCUGGAAUGCAUCUGUCCAAGAAAUGCUCGGUUUUCAAAGUGGUGCUGAGUGCUCUGCUGAUAGUGGCGCUCCUGCAGCUCUUUUACCUGUCCUUCUUAUCCAAGUUUCACGGUAAUCAGCAGCGGUACCGGUACUCUGAGCUUUUUGGAGGCUCUGAGGGCAAGAAGAAUGGGCACCCCGAGAAAAACUCACGGAAGGAACGUCUGAGGUUCUCCCUGUCUACUGGAGGGAUCUUUGACAACAGUGGUCAGUAUCGGGUGUACAAGAACUUGAUAAAAAGUGAUUUCACCACAAAUCAUAAACCAGGGUCCAUCCCCAGUUCCCAUGUCCUGGCAUUAGCCACACACACAACCAUCAACAACCUGCAUCACCUGGAAUCUCUUGUGGAAAGGUGGCACAACCCUCUCUCUGUGGCCAUAUUCGCACACGGGCAAGAUGUCAAGUUUGCCACAGCUCUGGUUUAUGCUCUCAGCUUCUUCUGCCCCCAGAUUCAGUCUCUGGUGGACUUCCACUUGGUGUGCCUCUCAGGAGAGAUGGCCAGUUUCCCUGAGCAGGACCGUGAGCAUUUUGCAGGGCUUGAAGACUGUGCCUCUGUGUUUUCCAGACUGGAGACGCACAGGGAUAAAUACAAGAACUAUGCCAUCAGUGGAAACGUCUCCUACCCCAACAACCUCCUGCGUAACGUAGCCCGAGGUGGCACAGAGUCCUCCUACAUCCUCGUCAUUGACAUCGACAUGAUGCCGAGCGCUGACCUCCACCAGCAGUUUGAGGCCAUGAUCUUGGGGCGUGAGACAGCGAGUGAUGAGGUUUUUGUGUUGCCUGCCUUUGAGAUCCGCCACGCAAGGAAGAUGCCCGGAAACAAGGCAGAGUUGGUUCAGCUCUACCAGGUCGGUGAGGUCCGGCCCUUUUAUGAAGAGCUGUGUUCUCGCUGUCAGGCCCCCACCAACUACUCGCGGUGGGUCAACAGCCACGUUAGAGGAUCCGAACCCCUGGAAGUUGGCUACACGCUUACCUGGGUUGAUCCCUGGGAGCCUUUCUACAUCGGGCCCCACACUGUGCCCCUCUAUGAUGAGAACUUCAAGCAAUAUGGAUUCAAUCGUAUCAGCCAGGCCUGCGAGCUCCACAUCGCUGGAUACAAGUUCUCGGUGCUGAGCUCAGCUUUCUUGGUGCACCGGGGAUUCAAGAUCCAGGGGGAGUUUCACGCCAAGAAGGACGAGGAGAACAAACGCAACCGGGUUCUGUUUCGCAGCUUCAAAGAGGGCCUGAAAACAAAAUACCCAUCCUCCAACCGACGCUGCUGAUCCUGCUUCUCUAAUGAAAUCUGUCUCCUGCUGAAAUGGACGUCGUACGUUGUUCUUCUAAAAUGAACCAGUUUUUCUUUUAAAUUCUGACGGCAACUCUUGGAUUUAUAUCAAGUAAAACAUUUCUGCUGGUUGGGACAGAAAGAAAGAAGUGAUCAAUCAAGACUGAAAAACUGGCAAGCAACUUUUUGGAAUCAAAAUCCAAAAUGUAUAAUAAUUAGAGGUACGCUUUCUAUUUUACAAAAUGUUUGAGCUUGUCCAGAUACAAAGAAAAUCUCUACAUAUACUUAGAGAUAUCCUAAGAAACAAAAGUCCUAACCUCAGGUUAUGUACUGUAACAUAACGCAGAUAUACUAUAGCAACAAAAAAAAUCCAUUGGACUUUGAAUACGGGCAAAGGGUCAAGAAUAUCUUUUUUCUAAGAUAUUUUCGGCUAUUGAGUACUAAUAAUGAAUUGAAACAAAAUGGCAUCGCAAUCUGAUUAUGAGGUAAACUACAAACCCAGUUUUUUUAACAAAUGCAUCACUUUAUAUCAAGUUUAAAUAGUUUGUUUCCUUCAAAUGUUGUGCCAAUCGAUGUGGUCAGACCACCAGAGGGCAACAGACACUAGUGUUAAAUGCAGUAUUGCAGCAUACCGUAUAUAUUAGUGUGCAGCAGGGAUUACGCAAUACCAGAGGAUGUACAUUUACUCUGUGUUUCAACUAUCUGCACAUUUUGAUGUUCUCAUAUCAUGUCAGUGCUUUUUCUUGCCACAAACUGUCCGGGUAAACAAACACUGGGAAACUUUACACAGAACAUUGUAUGACUAUGAUUUUGCCAACACUGUGGAAAACGAGGAUUUGACGCUGGUAGUCGCUUAGAUUAUCUAGAGUUGGGUUUCUUUCUCUUGAAGUAUAUGAUGGGGCCAGUGGACUCAGGUAGAAAUGUAGCAUGGAUACAAAUACUGCACAAUCAAAAUGUAAACCUCAAACAAAAGCAGUCUAAAGUUAUUGAUCUUAAUCUCUCGUAUUAUUCUGAAACAUACUGGCACAGUACUUUGACCACCACUAUUUUCAUACAAACAAAAUACCUGGAAAGUAUGCGUAUCCAUUGCCGUUUGGUUACUUUUAAGUGUUACGUUGUUAUUGUUGAUUUUAACAGAGAUUUAAAUAUGUUUUCCUUCCACAUUUGCAGUGUUUAUGAUAUAUUUAUUGUAAAAUGUUUUCCUUCAACUGGACUUAAAAUAAACCCCAGCAGGAAAACUGUAGCACAAGUUUGUGUUUGGUGUGAAAAAUGAUGUUGGGCAUGGAACAUUUUUGUUUUAGAAAUUCAUUUAGAAUUUAGUUUUGUAUCAAUUUGAACAUUAUUUGUGAUGAUGUGAUGUGGAAACUGCGUUUUAUUUGGUGAUAAAACAAAAUAUAAUGCCUGA